AUGGACUGCUUGACCUCUCUGGCCCGCUACACAGCCUCGCGGCGCCGAGAUGCCCUGGGCGCCAUGCGAGGACUCCUUUUCCGGCACGCUGCAGCGACUGUGUGUCGAACGCCUGCUAUAGCGCCGGCGACACCACACCUUCGUCACCCCAUCCGGGGUCUCUUCUUUCAGCACAUUAAUCGUGUCAGCAGGCACUACUGCACCUCCACCCAGAGGUACUCUCGGUGGUACUAUGACCCACGGAAGGUUGCUCUGGCAACGGUGCCUCUGCUCGGCAUCGGCAUCGGCGGUGCGCUGAUUCCAGACUACCACGGAUACAUUGAGACAGUGCCCUUCACCAAUCGCACUCACAUUGUUCUCCGCACUCCCCUGCAGGAGCGCGAGCACAGCGAGACCCGCUUCGCCUGCCUCAAGGAGAAGCACGCUUCCAUCAUACUUGACCCGCACCACCCAGAUUGUGUUCGCCUCAACAACAUCACCUCGAAGCUUGUCCGCUCCGUCCACACCCACCUCAUCAUCAAGAGCCAUGAUACCGCCAUGCUCGAGCUCGAUCGUGGCAAUGCCGCCUCGGUGGUGGAGGUUUUGAGGAAGAAGCUGGGAAGCGCAGGGAGAGCACAGCCAGCGACUGGGCAUCUCGAUGGGCUCAACUGGGAGGUGAUGGUGGUGGAAGAUAAGCGCGUCAAUAUGUGGUGCUACCCCGCUGGCAAGAUUGUAGUGCCCACUGGAUUUCUCCAAGUUUUCAGGACAGAUGCUGAACUUGCCACUAUGAUUGCUCAUGAGGUCGGGCACGUCGUUGCGAGGCACUGGGCAGAGAAGAUCAUCUACAGGAAGUGUCUUCCCAAACCCCUCAGGGUGCCCUUCUUCCGAAGGGCUGAGAGAGAGGCAGAUCAGAUUGGGUUGAUGAUACUUGCUGCAGCUGGUUUUGAUCCUCGCGUAGCCCCACCGGCCUUUCAAAAGCUAGGACAUAGUAGAAGAUUCCUCUCUACUUAUCCUUCGAGUAAGAAAAGAGCACAACUGUUAUCAGGAAAUAAAAUUAUGGAAGAGGCGCUCAAGUUGUAUAGAGAAGUUAGUCCCAAUCAACACACUGAAGAUUCUCUCUAAAUUUUAGAUUUUGAAACUGCCGUGCAGCUGGUUAGUUAUGUUCUAGUGCUCCACACAAAUAACUUAGCUACCAGAUAGUUCUCUCGAUUGAUAGGGAGGAUCAGUAGCAAUAUUCGAGGAUCAAUAGCAAUAUUCGGUUACAUUCAAGGAUUUGCUGGAAAAGGAAAUCUAAACUACGCGGAGAGACAAACUCCCGCAGCCGCCGGUUCUUCGUCCUGAUCCUAAGGAUGCGUAUGGACUUGUCUCUGCUCGUCUUUUGAAGGAAACUCGGUCAGCUCUAUUGCGUCCAGUCCGUGCCAAAGUGUCUUCUGCUGGGUUGGUGAAGCCUCUUGGGCCGCUCCGUCUUCCUGAUCGGGCCCAUGUCAGGGUCUAGGUCUCUGUUAGUGAUUGGAACCUGACAUCCCCUCCUCCUUCAAAGGCGGCCUGUCCCCAAGCCGGUGCCGCCGGGAAUCGUUGCUGAAGAUCGAGCUUGUCUUCCCAGGUGAUGUCCUGAGGUGCAGCAUUGGACCACUGAACUUGUACUUGCUCACAACGUCCCGUUGGGGUACGUUUCCAUCGUUGAUGCAGGAUCCUCAUGGGAAAAGCCAGAACAUCAGUAGGAACAGGGAGAAUUGCUCAUGGUUUCGUACCUGGGAAUAAAGCCUUGCACAAUUGCGACACAUGGAAAACCGAGUGAAUCCUAGACUCUGCUGGCAGGUCCACUUGGUAGGUUGUUGGAUUGAUCAUCCGACUGAUCUUGUAGGGUCCAAAGUACUUGAAGGAUAACUUGUGAUUUGCUCUGCGAGCAACUGAUGAUUG